AUGGUGGACCAAGGAUUUUUCACACUAAAAAAGGAAAAAAAGAAAAAUAUAUUAAUAAAACUUUUUUAUGUUAAAAUCUUGGGCUUCUGCUUUUGCGACUCUUGGUCUUCUUCGGACAUGGCACAUUCCUUAACCUCACUCGCCGUUUUCCAGAGCGUCAUCCGCAAAGAGAUGGUGAGGAGUUUGCAUGUCUAUGAAUCGGUGGAGAUUGAGAGAGAGUUCUGGUUCAAGAGCAAAAGCUGUUAUGUAGAGAAGAAAGCGAAGCCUCUGUUUCGUUCGGAAGAUUUCCGGCGACCGGAGAUCUCGGAAGGGUCGGUUUUUGGCACGUGGCGUUGUAUCUUUGUGUUCCGGUUUAAUCACUCGCUUCCUCGGUUUCCUACUCUUCUCUGUCUUUCCAGAAAUCCCAAACUGGAGGACAUCCCUAAUUUAGCCAACGAGCUCAAGUUUAUCUCCGAGUUAAAACCAUCAAAGAUUUAUGAAGAAGAACAAUGCAGUAGCAGUACAGAGGGAUAUUAUAACUCUGAUCUGCCUAAACCACGAAAGCUCGUUCUGAAACAAGAUCUUAACUGCCUUCCUGAUUCAGAAACCGAAUCCGAGGAAUCUGUAAACGAAAAAACCGAACAUUCGGAAUUUGAAAACGAUAAAACUGAACAGUCGGAAUCAGAUGCUAAGACUGAGAUUUUGAAGAAGAAGAAGAGGACACCAUCGAGACAUGUUGCUGAACUAUCCUUAGAAGAGCUUUCAAAAUACUUUGACCUCACUAUCGUGGAAGCUUCUCGGAAUCUCAAGGUCGGUCUCACUGUUUUGAAAAAGAAAUGCAGAGAGUUUGGGAUUCCACGGUGGCCUCAUAGGAAGAUCAAAUCUCUCGACUGUCUCAUCCACGAUCUUCAGAGGGAAGCAGAGAAGCAGCAGGAAAAGAAUGAAGCAGCAGCAAUGGCGGUAGCUAAGAAACAGGAGAAACUGGAGACAGAGAAGAGAAAUAUAGUGAAGAGACCAUUCAUGGAGAUAGGGAUAGAAACCAAAAAAUUCAGACAAGAAAACUUCAAGAAAAGACACAGGGCUUCUAGAGCCAAGAAGAAUCAAGAAUCUCUUGUCACUUCCUCUUCCACUUAAAGACUUUAGGUCCUUUAACAGUAACAUCGGAUAUAUUAGUUAGUUAGGGGUUUCUGUGAAGCGUUUUGGUAUUUAGAAAUGUUAGUUACAAGUCUAACAGAUGAUGCUAAGCCAUGUUUGUUUUUGGUAUAAGAAGUUCCAAGAAGAGAGGAACUCUUGUAUCAUGAUUUUUUGUGGUCGGAUAUCAGAAUUGAAUCUUUUAUUUUUUCUUAGUGCAAUUAGGUAGCAAUUAAGAUCGAA